GAGACCUAGGGCCUAGGGUGUGUCUGAGGGUAUGACCCCGCUGGGUCUGCCCCCGGCUCUGAGGGCUGGGCUGGGCCAGGACUGGGCUUUUCCCAGAUGGAGGGCAGGGGCCACUGCAGGGUUUCACCCUGUGACUGGACGGUUGCCAGGAAGAUGGGAAGAGGACCCUCCUGUCUUCCUCUCCAUCUCCUCUCUCUCCAUAUGCACACAUUUCUUUCUUAUAUAGAAUUAAUAUUUUUCUGUAUAGCAACGUUAUAUUGCAAGAUACAGUUGUAAUAUUGUUACUAGUACGUGUCUGUGAUACAUAAUUACACUCUCUCAUCUCGGAGCUGGUACACACGGAAUGACUGCACCGUUUUUACUCCCCUCAGUCCCCUCUCCUGACCCCGCUCUUUCUCCAUCCCCGUCCCACAAAAUCUGUCUCGUUUUCUAUCUCUUUUAUUUUGCUCUUUAUUUAUAUUGUGGAGAAGCCAUGUGAUUUGUAAUCCUGCACCUGAUUAAUUCACUUAGUACUCAAGAACCAUCCACUUUCUUACAAAUGACUCAAAUUAAUCCAUGUCUAAAUAAAUAUAUAAAUGCGUAUUUCCAGGCCUGUAGUUCCCCCGCCUCGCCAAAGCAGAUACCCUUAGGCCUCCAGAGAAACAAAGGUCCUGGGCUGCUGUCAGACCCUCUUUCUCCACUCAGCUCCAAGCCUGGCCUCUUCGCCCGCGCCCGCCAGGGAAUCUGCUUUCCCAGGAGAUUCCCAGGUGAUCUCAGGCCCAGCCCCCUUCUCCCGUUGCCCUGGGAGUUCACGCUCUGGGUACAACCUGUUCCUGGCUCGGCGCGCGGCUCCCUCCUGCCCUCCUGCCCUCCUGCGGGACUACAGCCCGGCCGGAGGGGGCGCGGGGCGGAGACGGCGCGGUGGGCGGAGGCCGCGGGUGGCGUCUGCGGGAAGGAGGCUUUUGGCUGCUUGGUAACGGCUGCCAGAGCCCAGAGUCUGAGGCGAGGCGGUGGCAGCCUGACGUCAGGACCCGGGAGCCAGCAGCCCUGCCCGCCCGACCAGACCGGCGGAGAGCAGCGGACGGGAGCGGCGAGCCCGGCAGGGCCCAGCAUGCCCCCCGCCCCCGGGCCAUGGAGAUCGCGCUGCGGCCCCCGGAGGGCGGCGGGGCCGUGAGCGCCUGCGGAGCGGGCGAGGCCCCCGCAGCCCGCGCGCCGACCCCGGCGGGAGAGCCCCCAAGGCCCCCGAGCCUCCCGACGGCGGGGCAGCCCUGUUCGCCCCCGGGGCCCAGGGCGCACGGCGCGCAGAGGGGCGCGGCCCCUGGCGCGCGGCCCCCGCUGCCCCCGGAGAGGCCAGAGGCUGGACGGGGGGCUCCAGAGGAGGAGGACGAGGACGGGCACGGUGACCCCGGCCUGGGCGCGGCGGAGGAGCAGGCGCUGGGCGCGGGGGCCCCGCACCACCAGCGCGUCCUCAUCAACGUCUCGGGGCUGCGCUUCGAGACGCAGCUGCGCACCCUGGCGCUGUUCCCCGACACGCUGCUGGGGGACCCUGGCCGCCGUGUCCGCUUCUUCGACCCGCUCCGCAACGAGUACUUCUUCGACCGGCACCGGCCCAGCUUCGACGCCAUCCUCUACUACUACCAGUCGGGGGGCCGCCUGCGCCGGCCGGUCAACGUGCCCCUGGACAUCUUCCAGGAGGAGAUCCGCUUCUAUCAGCUGGGCGACGAGGCGCUGGCGGCCUUCCGGGAGGACGAGGGCUGCCUGAAGGAGGACGAGAAGCCGCUGCCCCGAAACGAGUUCCAGCGCCAGGUGUGGCUGCUCUUCGAGUACCCCGAGAGCUCGGGACCCGCGCGGGGCAUCGCCAUCGUGUCCGUGCUGGUCAUCCUCAUCUCCAUCGUCACUUUCUGCCUGGAGACGCUGCCCCAGUUCCGGGACGAGCGAGAGCUGCUCCGCCAGCCCUCGGCGCCCCACCGGCCCCCUGCGCCCUCCUCGGGUGCCAACGGCAGCGGGCCCGGCCCCACCGUGGCGCCUCUGCUGCCCAGCACCCUGGCCGACCCCUUCUUCAUCGUGGAGACCACGUGUGUCGUCUGGUUCACGUUUGAGCUGCUCGUGCGCUUCUUCGCCUGCCCCAGCAAGGCCGAGUUCUCCCGAAACAUCAUGAACGUCAUUGACAUCGUGGCCGUCUUCCCCUACUUCAUCACCCUGGGCACCGAGCUGGCCGAGCAGCAGCCCGGGGGCGGGGGCAGCCAGAACGGGCAGCAGGCCAUGUCCCUGGCCAUCCUCAGGGUCAUCCGCCUGGUCCGGGUGUUCCGCAUCUUCAAGCUCUCGCGCCACUCCAAGGGGCUGCAGAUCCUGGGCAAGACCUUGCAGGCCUCCAUGCGGGAGCUGGGGCUGCUCAUCUUCUUCCUCUUCAUCGGGGUCAUCCUCUUCUCCAGCGCCGUCUACUUCGCGGAGGCCGACAGCCGGGGGACGCACUUCUCCAGCAUCCCGGAUGCCUUCUGGUGGGCCGUGGUCACCAUGACCACCGUGGGCUAUGGGGACAUGAGGCCCAUUACCGUGGGGGGCAAGAUCGUGGGCUCGCUGUGCGCCAUCGCCGGGGUCCUCACCAUCGCCCUGCCCGUCCCUGUCAUCGUCUCCAACUUCAACUACUUCUACCACAGAGAGACCGAGCAGGAGGAGCGGGCUGCCCUGAAGGAGGAGCAAGAGAGCCAGAGCGGCGGGUCUGGGCUGGACACGGGAGGCCGGUGCAAGGCCAGCUGGAGCAAGGCCUCCUUCUGCAAGUCCGGGGCGGCCCUGGAGAGUUCUGCGGGAGCCUGCAGGGGCAGCUGCCCCCUGGAGAAGUGCAACCUCAAGGCCAAGAGCAGCGUGGAUUUGCGGAGGUCCCUGUAUGCCCUCUGCCUGGACAGCAGCCGGGAAACAGACUUGUGACAGGAGAGCCGGGGUCUCUACCCCGCUGAGGGUCGCAAGCCCACCUUGCCCCUGGAGUCUGUGUCUCUGCCCCUUUCCGGCCUCCACCCCCCCAUUUUCCUCUUCUUUCCAUGACACCCAGGGUCGCCUAUUUUUAAAAAGUACCAGUACCGCAUUCCAUGACGCAGGAGCUGUUGAAUGGUGAGCGCCUGAGAGGGCUGUGUUUGUGGCCAAUUUCCUAUACCCCGCAGAGGGAUAACCCAAACAGAAACGACCUUAAAUAGCUGGAUCCCUAGGGAUCCUGCAGCCCUCCCCCUCCAUGCGUUCCCAAUUUGCUUUACACAUGAUUAUAUUUGUGUAGAGGGGAAAAUAUUAUUUUUAUGGCUGGUGAGUAGAUUUUUGUACUGUAGUUCAGAUAGUAUUUGGAUAUAUUCUCAAGAGAUAUAUUGAAUUAUUGAAUUUAGGGAUGAGAGAGCCGUUGUGCUGUUUUCCUGGGAUACUUAGAGCCCCAGACCCAGCGAGGCUGCUCCAGCUUCCAUGAUUCCAGGCCUCUGUUUUGGGGGUGACGUUGGUGCUUUGUAUCUAGGUAAGGAAUGUGCUAGAAGAAAGGCAGAUCCGACUUUUUCUGUGCGCCUUAAACAAUUCUCCUAACUUUCUUCACAAAGCAUUUUAAGGAUGUUGGAGGAAGCCUUCUGAUAAUUCAUUCUCUUUAUUUUUACUCUCAAAAUAAAAUAUGACUUGGCUGA